AAUGAGAUAAGAUAAGAAGAUUCGUCUCUAAAAGCUAAACUUAUUCGAUUUAAGUAACGAAACAAAAUGAACAAGUGCGUGUUUUUUGUAAUUGCAUUAAUUCUUAAAAGUAAUGUUGAUAGUGCCAAAAUUUUGGCAGUGUUCCCUAUGACAGCCCCUAGUCACUAUUUUCUGGGCAAUGCUUUACUUAGAGGCCUCGCCGAGAAAGGACACGAUGUAACAAUGAUUAGUCCUUUCAUUGAAAACAAUCCACCAAAAAAUGGUUCCUACAGAGAUAUAGUUCUUACAGGAUUUAUGGAAAACUUUCAAAAAUUAAGAAAAGAAAUCAACAUUUUUGAUAUGGAAAAAGCUAAUCCUCUGUUUCUUAUACCAUUAAUGGUGAAAUUAAUGUUAGAAAUGAGUGAAAACACUCUACAACAUUCGAAUGUUCAAGGCUUGAUAAAUUCUGAUGAAAAAUUCGACGUUGUCAUUGUGGAACAAUUCAAUAAUGAAGCUCAUAAAGCAUUUGCAAGUCAUUUCAAAGCUCCUUUGAUUCUAUUUAGUACUAUUGGUGCAAGUAGUUGGGUAAACCCUUUGGUGGGAAACAGCCAGCCAUUGGCAUAUGUUCCUGAACCUUUGCUUAGUUAUUCCAGCGAAAUGACUUUUAAUCAAAGAUUAAUAAAUACAAUUAUGUACUCUAUUCAACAACUCUGUUUUCAUUGGUACUUAGUUCCACAACAAAAUAAACUAGUCAAAAAAUAUUUCCCAAGUAAUCUAGAACUAGACGACGUACUUUAUAACGCAUCCAUUGUGUUACUCAAUUCACACCCAAGUCUCAACCAACCUGUUCCAUACGUUCCAAAUAUGAUAGAUGUCGGAGGAUUUCACGUACAACCCGUUAAAAAACUACCCAAAGACUUGCAAGAAUUUUUGGCCAAUGCCAAAGAAGGUGUGAUUUACUUCAGUCUAGGUUCAAAUAUCAAAAGUGCGGAAAUGCCAGUUGAAAAAAGAGAGGUUUUUUUGAAAACGUUUUCAAAACUAAAACAAAAAAUUCUAUGGAAAUGGGAAGACGACGUUCUUCCGGGACAACCAAGUAAUGUCAAACUAGGAAAAUGGCUUCCACAACAGGAUAUUUUAGCUCAUCCAAAUAUCAAGCUUUUUAUCACCCAUGGUGGGCUUUUAAGUACCACUGAAACUGUGUAUCAUGGUGUUCCAGUUUUGGCCAUUCCUUUUGCUGGUGAUCAAAAAUUAAACGCACUUAGAACAGUAAAUCAAGGUUAUGGGCUAUCUUUAGGAUACCGAGACGUUACGGAAGAAACUUUAAGUGAAAAAAUUAAUGAACUUUUAACAAACCCAAAGUAUCGUGAAAUGGCCAAAAGUAAAUCAAAAUCGUUUCACGAUCGUCUAGUAAAACCCAUGGAUAUGGCAAUUUAUUGGGUUGAAUAUGUGAUUCGCCAUGGAGGAGCCCAACAUUUGAGGGUGGCCAGUUUAGAUUUGCCUUUGUAUAAAUAUUUUCUUUUAGAUGUAAUUGUGUCUCUUUUAAUAAUAAUUUUAGUAGUAUUAGUAGUUGUUUAUAUAAUAAUCAAAAAAUUAUUGUGCUUUAUUAGUAAGAAAAAAAUACAAAAAGAAAAAAUAAAUUAAUACAAA